ACACAGCGAAAGAACAAGGGCACUAACGGUGCAACCAUGGACGCGUGGACCUAUCAAUUUGGUAACCUCUCCAAAAUCAGCCCCUUCGAGGGCCCACAGUACCAUCUGGCCCCCAAGUGGGCUUUCUACCUGCAGGCAGCUUUCAUGGGCUUUGUAUUUCUUGUGGGCACACCUAUGAAUGCCAUCGUCCUCUUUGUAACAAUGAAGUACAAGAAACUCAGACAGCCUCUCAACUACAUCUUGGUGAACAUCUCCCUAGGAGGCUUUAUUUUCGACACUUUUUCUGUAAGCCAAGUAUUCUUUUCUGCUCUUAGAGGUUAUUUCUUCUUCGGUCAUACGAUGUGUGCAUUGGAAUCUGCAAUGGGAUCGAUUGCGGGACUUGUGACAGGAUGGUCUCUGGCAGUUCUGGCUUUCGAGAGAUACGUGGUUAUCUGCAAACCCUUUGGAAGCUUCAAGUUCGGACAAGGCCAGGCAAUGGGAGCCGUUGCGCUCACCUGGAUCAUAGGUAUCGGUUGUGCCACUCCUCCAUUCUGGGGAUGGAGCAGAUACAUUCCAGAGGGUCUUGGCACCUCCUGCGGACCUGACUGGUACACAAAAAAUGAGGAGUACAAUUGUGAGAGCUACACUUACUUCCUAAUGGUCACCUGCUUCAUCAUGCCAAUGAUUAUCAUUAUCUUCUCCUAUUCACAACUGUUGGGAGCCCUGCGUGCUGUUGCAGCCCAGCAGGCCGAGUCUGCCUCCACCCAAAAGGCUGAGAAGGAAGUGUCCAGGAUGGUUGUUGUGAUGGUUGGAUCUUUUAUCGUUUGCUAUGGCCCUUAUGCGAUCACUGCCUUGUAUUUUAGCUAUGCUGAGGAUUCAAACAAGGAUUACCGUCUGGUGGCCAUCCCUGCUUUGUUCUCAAAGAGCUCGUGCGUGUACAACCCCCUAAUCUAUGCCUUCAUGAACAAACAGUUCAAUGCCUGCAUCAUGGAGACUGUAUUUGGCAAGAAGAUUGAUGAGAGCUCAGAGGUUUCCAGCAAGACUGAAACCUCCUCUGUGUCUGCAUAAAUUAUUCCACAAUUUUCUACUCCUAUUUACAACUUGUCUGGACCUGUUUUCCUGUUAUCCCUUGCCCUGAUUGUUCAAAUCCUGCACCUUUACACCUUGUUGAGGGCUGAGGGAGUCUCCAUGUCCUGAAGACACAGCCCGCUGGAUGGCCAAACCAGAGGGCGAUAUCCUACCAUCCUUUGUGUGCAGAACUGGUACACCUUCAAAAUACUACAAUUUUAUUUAUUUUUUUGUAAUUCUUUGUAAUCUUAUGUUACAACAAUGCAUUAUGCAUUGACGAUGAAGUAGAAUGUUAAAUUGUUAACUUGCAACAGAAAAUCAAAAAAAAAAAAAAGAGAAUAAUAAUUAAAAAAUAAAAUAAAAAGAAAUGAGACAUCCUCUAAUGUGAAUGGACUUAUGCAAACUGAAAAUGGAAAUUCCCAAUCUUUUUUUUUAUGCUCUUUGGCUGCAUUUAUAGUAGCAAUUAUAUUCUCAUCAAAUGACAUAUCACAUUGAGAUCUUAAGUAAACUAAGUAACCUAAAAGCCCAUACCAAUCAAAAGUGCUCGUUUCGUCAAAAGAACACAGUGUAACUAAGCGGUUUACUCUCAUCUUCUACAAAGAACUUACUAAAGCCCAGCUUUCUGGCUGGAUUAGCCAAGAUAUAUAAGAUCACAAGGGAAUUAUCCAAGUCCAUCCGCUUGUUUGCAGCUGAGGAACCGUUCACUGGAAGUUUGCUGGUAACAAAUAAUGAGCGACAGCUUUUGUCCAAUCACUGGCUUCAUGACGUUGGAUCUCGAAUAUCUGUAUCUAUAUUACUUCUGUACAUGUUUUGUUGUAAUUAGAUAUAAAGUGUGCAUGAAUUUGUACAUGUGCCCGGAUUUUAGAAUUAAUAAAGAUUUAUAUUGUUUGAUGCAUUUUA